AUAUAUAUAUAUAUAUGCUAUUACACACGCCUAGAAGUUUCUCUCUGUAAAACCAUUUUUUGUGAUUGAGGAAGCAUCGAAAGAUGUCAUACGAUGGAGGUAACUUGAAGUCGACCUCCAUCAAUGGGGUCAAGAUGUACUCUGUCACUUCCCAAAACCGUUCUUUGGCCACCUGGCUUGCUCCUAAGAAACUUAAAGCCCUUCGCAAAGACGAAGACUAUCUGCAAAGGGUGGAUUUGAUCCAGGAUUUGAGAUUUGAAACAGCAACAAGUAGAAUCAAGGCAACUCCUGAUGGGGAGUAUGUUAUUGCUUCAGGUAUUUACCCACCACAAGUCAAAGUAUACGAGUUGAGGGAACUAUCAUUGAAGUUUGAGAGACACCUAAUUUCAGAGAUAAUUAACUUUCAGGUGUUGGCCGAUGACUACUCAAAGAUUGCAUUUCUAUGUGCUGAUCGGUCUGUUUGUCUACAUGCAAAAUAUGGGAGUCACUAUAGCUUGCGGAUUCCAAGGAUGGGAAGGGAUAUUGCAUAUGAUUCCUGGUCUUGUGACUUGUUUUGUGCUGCCUCUUCUCCAGAUCUAUACAGAAUAAAUUUGGAACAGGGACGUUUCCUCACAUCACUUAACACACAGUCCCCAGCCCUAAAUGUAGUCACUCGAAGCAAGGUUCACGGUUUAGUUGCUUGUGGUGGCGAUGACGGUGCUGUGGAAUGCUUUGACAUGAGACUGAGAUCUUCAGUUGGUAGGAUAAAUGCUGUUGCGCCUGCUGGUGAUAUUGACCAGGAGGUUACUGCAAUAGAGUUUGAUGGAGAAGGAGGCUAUUUCAUGGCUGUUGGAAGUAGUGCUGGAAAGGUACUGAUUUAUGACUUGCGUUCUUCACAUCCAAUGCGCGUGAAGGAUCACAUGUAUGGCAGCCCAAUUUUAAAUAUUAAGUGGCAUCGAACUCUUAACUCUGAGCAACCAAAGUUAAUUACUACUGAUGAUCAUAUUGUCAGGAUUUGGGACCCUGAGACGGGAGAAGGCAUGACCAGCAUUGAGCCAACAGCUGGAAAAAUAAAUGAUAUUUGUGUCUUUAAUGGAAGUGGGUUGAUGUUGUUGGCUCUGGACUGCAGCCAGAUACCAUCUUACUUCAUACCAGCCCUUGGACCUGCGCCAAAGUGGUGUUCUUACUUGGAAAACUUGACGGAAGAGAUGGAGGAGGGUGCACAAACAACUAUUUAUGAUGAUUUUAAAUUUUUGACAAAAGAAGACCUUGAAAAGUUGAAUUUGACAAAUUUGAUUGGCACCAAUCUUCUAAGAGCCUACAUGCAUGGCUUCUUUAUUGAUUACCGAUUGUAUAAAAAGGCACAAGCACUGGCAGAUCCAUUUGCCUAUGAUGCUUAUAUAGAACAGCGGAAACAAGAGAAACUGGAGGCUGGACGCGCCUCUCGAAUUACGAUAAAGAGGAAACUGCCUAAAGUUAACCGGGUACUUGCAGCUCGUCUUCUUGAAAAUGAAGAAGCUGAAAAUGAAAAGAAGGAUGAAGAUGACGCUGUUGCUAAGAAAACAUCCAAGAAAAAGAAAGGACUCAGAAGUGAUGACCUUAAAGAUGAACGUUUUGCAGCAAUUUUUGAAAAUAAGGACUUUGAAGUUGAUGAAUUUUCACAAGAGUAUCUCGCUUUGCAUCCUAUGGCAUCCAAGAAGCAACCAUCUUUGGUUGAGGAACAUUUUGAGCCUGUUAUGGAAGAUGAUGAACAGGAUUUAAGCGAUUUUGAUGCAUCACCAGCAUCCUCGUCAUCAGAAGAUGAUCGCACCAACAACAAAAGAAAAUCAAAAAGCAAAUCACAAGUUCCAAGAUUGUAUGAAGUAAAGGAUGAGCGACAUGCAGAAGCAUUCUGGAACCGUGUCUCACUUGCAAAGGAGGACUCUCUUCCAUUGGGUGAAAGGGUAGCUGCUCUGGCAAACAAGCAACGGUAUUCACGUAAUUCAAAUGAUGUUAAAGUGGGACCAGGAGGAUCGAGAGAGAUUUCCUUCGUUUCUAGAAGCUCAGCGAAGUACAAGGAAGAUGAGGAGGACAAGGAAGAACCACACCCAAAGAGGAGAGGAGUGCAAUCAUUAGGGCUAAAGCCUGAUAGAUCAUCAGGUUUUGGAGGCCGAGGAAGAGGAGGGAGUCGUGGAAGAGGCAGAGGCAGAGGAAGAGGAGGGAGUCAUGGAAGAAGCAGAGGAAGAGGUAGGUGGUGAAUUUCAAUAUGAAGAUUUGGUUCUUGUUUGUACGGGAUAUAUUUGCUAAGCCUAUUUUGGAAGACUCAAUGAACAACACAUUCACAAGAAAGAGACCUAUAAAUUUUAUGGGUUUGGAUUCAGCUGCGAUGUACAAUUCAACUUACUCAAGGAUAUGGGAAUACGUUGAAGGCCUCAACUCUGUUUCUUUUCUGGUUUAUGUGGUGGAGGGUAAUGAGUUCUGUAUUUGCUUUUAAUUCCAGUGAAGUUUAGAUUUUAAAAACACCUACAUUUUAAACUUCUUUCUAUGUAAUGUUCUUCCUCCCUUUGUGAGCCUCGCAAAGCACAAGUUGAAUGGUGAAUUUUGAUCGGGAAAUGUAUACAACCACUGAAUGAAAUUAGAAAUUGCAGAUCAGUUUAGAUUUUUUUGUAUCUAGAGCCAAUGACAUGAACUACCAAUAGUGACUACGAGAGGAAGUUAGAGGUUUUUCUUUUGGAUCUUAAACUCUGGGCAGCUAUGAUUUUUUUUGUCUAAAUCCAUAACAAAAUUAUGAAUUUGGUUGUGCUA